CCGGCGCGGGCACGGCGGGGCGGGGCGGCAGGAGGAGGAGAAGGAGGAAGAAGAAGGAGAAGAAGAAGGUGCCGCCGGCGCCGGGAGGGAGGAAGGAGCACGGAGCGGUGCGUCCCGCCGCCGAGGAGACUCGGCCGGUGACAUCACCGCUGGAGCUGCUGAGAGACUCGGAAAAUGGCUGCUGCGAGAAUGUUUUUUAGGGGACUUUUCCUAAAUCUUAAGGAUGAUAAACAGAGAAGACAAAAGAAAUGAAGAGAGAAGGUUAAAACAAAACCUCUCAUCUGAGAUUUGACCUCAGAAGGGAAAUCCUGGAGGUGAAGCCAUUGCAGAGAAGAAGUAAAAGAAGGCCACUUCUUGCUUCUAAGUGUUUGGAUAUAUUAUCCUGCAUGGAAAGAGCUUUCUUGGGAUUAUUCAAACUCCUGUGGCAUAGGAAGUGUCUGUGUGACAAGAAAGACACUUAACAAUGAAAAAAUUUACACUGUUUGAUUUUGUAAAUGAUAAUUCACUGCAAAUUGGAGAGACUUCAUGGAUACAGGACCUUCCCUGUGAUGACAGUGAACUAGAAAGGCUUCUGAAGCCUAAUGAGCACGUACUAGUAAACUGGCCUGUGGGAGAAAGAAAGACAGAAAAGCACCUGGUGAAAGUUGUGUGCAUGAGUGAUGACCCCCAAGAGCUAGUGGAAAUGAUGCAAAAGAUAUUACGAGCAGAUGAAAUUACAAAGAUACAAGUCCUUGGAAAAGGCAAGAGGAAGAGGAUAGAAAUGAUAUUCUCAGAAAGUGAGGACAGUGACCUGGAUAAAGAAAAGGGAAAGAUGAUGAAACAUGUAAAAAGAAAGAAAUCGUUGCAGGCAUCUGCUCCUGCCAACAUCCUGAGUCAACUUGAAACAUCUUUAAUUAACAAACAGAGAGAACCAUACUCAGGAAGCAACUUUCUAUAUAGUGAAAGUAGCAGUGAUGAAGAAGAGCCUUUAUUUCAACUCUCCAAGGUGGAACUAUGUGCCAAAAUUAAAAGUCUCAAGAGGAAGCUGACAGAUACCAUGAGAGAAAACUGCCGCCUAAGGCAGUCCCUGGUGAUGCUUCAAGUGUUGCCACAGGCAGUCACUCAUUUUGAGGAACUGGUAGGGAUGGCUGAAGCACUGCUCAAAGGGGGAGUGACAUCAUCUACGUCCACUUUGCAUCCACAUUCUGUUUGGAAGGCAUCUCACAAUCCAUUAGCAGAUUCCUAUGCAGCUAUGCAUAGUAACUCCAGCUCACCAAUAACUUUGAAUGUGGAAGAAGAGGAGCAACAGACUGAAAAACAGUUCAAGAUCGAAAAGUGGCAGAUUGCACUUUGUAACAAGAGCAAACCUCAAAAAUUUAUAAAUGACUUGAUGCAAGCACUUUAUACACAUGAAUACAUGGCUACACACAGCCUGACAGGUGCAAAGUCCUCCUCUUCAAAGGAUAAAGCGGCAAAACCAGCUAUGAAUCAGAAUGAAGUUCAGGAAAUCAUAGGAAUCACAAAACAGUUGUUUCCAAACACAGAUGAUGCUUUAAUCAGGCGAAUGAUGGGACAAAAAUUGAACAAUUGCACCAAGAAGCCAAUUUUAAGCAAAGAUCUUAACUCAGGUGCUUUUCAGAAACAUAGCUUUUGUGGUUCAACAGCUGCUCCUCAGGGCAUCAUCUCUUCGGCUGUUCCUCCUUGUACACAAGACCAGCAGGAUGAUGAUUCACCAGCUGCUAAUGCACAACUUCAGCAAAAUGACAGCUGCCUGACUCCUCCACCUCCCACCCCAGAAGGUUUCCAGCAUGCUGACAUAGGAAGGAGAGAACGCUUGGGACUAUGGCUUUCCUGUUUGAGUGUACUUCUCCCAGAACUGAAAGUACUAUUAGCUGAAUCUAUGUCAAACAUGGCAAACAAGCAACUAACAAAUCAGACUGGAAAAAUGAAGUGACAUUAAGUGGAAGAAAUCUAGCUUGAUUUAAGGAAGAUUUCAGGACAUCUGAGUUACAGAAAUAAAAUAGAAAUAAUAUAACACUUAAAAAAAAUCUGAAGAUAAGGUUAUCAGCCAAAUACUGUUGAAGGGAAGUGCUGCAAAUCUAACUGUUCUAGAGCAAGGCACUAAUAGAAUGCACUGUGGAGAAGACUUGUUUGUGAGCUGGGGUACAAAUUAAGUGAUUUGCUAUCCUUUUUCAUCUCUCACCUAACAAUUCCUUGUAGAUAGGAUCAGGAUGAAAGCAUGUAUGAAAUAUUUUAGUUCUAUCUCAUGCUAUUAACUACCAUCUAUAAAAUGUAACAGAAGGAAAUUUACUAUUAUGUAAAUUUUGUAUAUCUAAUUGUAUGUACAGCAUAUAUAAUAAUGUAUAUAGUUAAUCAUAUUUUUGAAGUGACUUUCUAUCAAAUAAAAUGAAAUAUUACUACACCUUA